AUGGGUCAAAAAGGAUCCACAAAUGGUGGUGGGAUAAAGAUCUCAAGCUCAUUGUCGGUGCUGCGCGAGAGAUUGCCGGAGAUUUCGACACUGGACCUUGAAGACACUCUCUCGAUUCAUGAAACGAACACAAAACCGAUUCUCAAUCCAUUUUAUCGAGAGCUGGUUGUCGAGUGUUUUGCAAAGGCACAUCCUGACAUAGCUGCUCGGAUCAUUCAACGAGCAUCUCAACAUCGAAAAGAUGUCAAAUGUUUCUUUCAAAAUGCCGGAAAUGAAGUUCGAAUCCAGUUUCGCGAGGUUUUGUCCAAUUAUCUCCGCGAGAUCAUUCAGAAUGUCGAUGAUGCUGAUAUAAUAAGAAAACUUUCACUAAACUAUGGGAAGGCACACGUCAGUCUUCGUUUAAUUGGCUUCAAGCCAGAUUUCUUUGCGGUAUUGGCCGACUCGAUUACGUCAGAGUGCGUCUUUAUGGGCGCUGAUGCAACAAAUCAAACGUCAACAAACACUUUUAAAGCUUGGACUCAAUUAGUUGCUGUGAUGUUUUCAUCGGUGAGAGAUGGGUAUUAUUCCGAGUUGAGAAAGCAACGACGACAGACACCUGAGGAGAUGUUUAGAUCAAAUUAUAAGCAAUCAGUGUCAAUGGAUUCUAGUGGAUCAUCAGGACAUACUGAUGAUUCUGGAGUAGGCUCUCAUGAAGGCUCUUGCAACUUGCGCUCUCAUUCCCCAUCCCCAUUAUGCUCUCCAAUGUCAGCGAACCCGGUGCCGAGAAAACAAAGCGCUCCUGUGCUCGGCAGACAAACAACAUUGCCGAUCAGUGUCUCCCUUUCAACUCCUCGUGGAACCCCAAAAUCAAAUCCAAAAUCCUCAGCUCAAACGAAAGCCGAUUUAGCCCGAAAGGCUUACUCAGGCGCCAGAAGUCAAACGGCAAUCACUCCAGCCUCUUCAACAGAGUUUCUCGACAAAUCCACUGGUUUCUACCGUACCACGCAUCACUCUCACGAUUUACCCAUACCACCCCGUCCACCGGUGAGUGGCCGCUUUCAGAAAAAUUCCUCACUUGACAUGGAAGCGAAAAGAAAACGCUUUGAGGAAUUGUCGAGAAAAGGCGCCGCUCAUGCAGCUCUAUCUCGUCAUAAAAGCUCGUCAGCAAGCUCAAUCUUUGACCCAAACAGUGUGAUCGAUCGCUUUAUGAAUGACCAAUUG